AUGGAGAAACAGGAGAUCCGCUCGAAGCCGAUCCUGAGCCCGACGCGCUCGCUGGACGAGGGCUUCGAGAGCGACCCGGACCGCAUCUCGACCGACUCGGAGCUGGCCACGGCCCAGCCGACGCCGGCGUUCGACGUCCUGCAGCGGACGGACCGUGAUGGGGUGCAGCACACGCAGAUUGCGCGCCGCAGCGCACCGUCCGAGGUGGCCACCCCGAAGGACAGCGGGCCGGAAAGCAUCAUCUGUCUGGAGGGUGAAAUCGAGAAGGAACUGCGGACGAAGCUGGAAAAGACCAGCCUAGGGCGACCACCGUCCGGACUGCCGAAGCUCGGAGCGGCCAGUGGAACCGGCGGCACUCAGCAGAUGCGCUACCGAAGGAUCAAAACACGAGCCCCGCCACCGCCAAUCGGCUCGUACUACUACCAGAAGCGGUCCGCCUCGGUGGACAGUGUGAACCGGUCCACGGGACCGUACGGGAUGGCCAACCAUCCGGACGCGCAUGGCGCAAGCUCGAUGAACCUUCCGCUCGAUCUGGCGACGGCGGCGGUGGCGCCACCGGGCGAUGUCCUGGCCGGGCGGUUUGUCCGCGUGACGGUCGAUCCCCGGACCCAUCCCCACCACCACCUGCAGCACCAGCCUGCCUCGCUGAACCAGUACCGGCUGGCGUCGCUCUCGACGAACAACAUCUACAAGUACUGCCACGGACCGACGCUGCCAAUGACCGGCCACUACCACCACCACCAUCAGCAGCAGCAGCAGCAACAACAGCAGCAGCAGCAGCAGCAGCAUCAGCACCUUCCCGUCCAGCACCACCACUAUCCGCUGCACCACCAUCAUCACCAAACGCAGCUCGGCGGUGGUUCCGGUGGCCAACAGGGGCAACCGGCGCAUUCUAUGCUCCACGGGCAUGGCCACCAUCUCAGCUACAUACCGACGCCGGUUGCGUCGAGCGGCAGCCUGGCAGCCGGCACCAACGGCAGCAACGGCACCGGCAGCAAUCGCAACAAUUUAUACUCAUUACCACCGCAGUACGGAUUAGCGGCGGCCCAUGCGGCCAGUGCCCUCCACCAGCAGCAGCAGCAGCAGCAGCAGACGCAGCACCAGCCCUCACAGCAUCCCCAGCAGCAGCAGCAGCAUGGCCCGGCCACGUCCGGGUCGUCCCCGUCGGCGCCAGGGGCCGAGGCAGCCGGCAGGAAUUAUCAACAUUUCAAUCAUGUUCCAGUUUGCUGGACCCAAUCGAUACCCAGACAAACGAGACGAUACAUCACCCCGACGACGCUUCCGCAGGUGAUUGCACCAUCGAGCAAGUCCACCGGCACCGGCAUCUCGCAGAAGCUGCGCGACCUGGCGACCUCGGCCGGCUUGCUGACAGCCAAACCGCGGCCCCCGCUCAAACCGGUCAUCAAGACACGCGGCUCCAACAGUACCGAGUUCCCGAAAAAAGUCACAUUCAGUGCUUUUGCAACCGUGCAGGUUGUUUGA